AUGGGGAUUUUCAAGUGCCUGUCCGCCUGCUUGCUCGUCUCCGCCGCCCUCCUGCUCAACCUCCCCCCAGGUUUGUGCGGCUGCUACAAGCGCAUCUUCAGCUUCGGCGACUCCAUCAUCGACACCGGCAACUUCAUCCACAUGUCCGGCAACGGCUCGUCCCGGUACAAGGAGCUCCCCUACGGCAUGACCUUCUUCAAGAACGCCAUCGGCCGCAUCUGCGACGGGCAUGUCCUCGUUGAUUUCUACGCGCAAGCGUUCCAGCUGCCGAUGAUACCACCGAACCUGCCGGAGCAGGACUCGGGGCUCUUCCCGAAUGGCGCCAACUUCGCCGUGGCCGGUGCCACGGCGAUGCCCCCGGCCUACUACUACCGCAGGUGGAACCACAGCGUGCCGAUGCCGCACAGCCUGGGCGUGCAGAUCGGCUGGUUCAAGGAAAUGCUGCAACACCUAGCUCCCGGGGACGACGAUGGUGCUAAGAUCAGGCAGCUUCUGAACGAAUCUCUGAUCGUGCUGGGCGAGAUCGGUGGCAACGACUACAACUUCUGGUUCUGGUUCGGCGAUGCAACCAAGCCUCGCGAGCAAGCGAGCCGGUUCAUCCCGGACAUCGUCGCGUACAUAGGCUCCUCCGUCCAGGAGCUCAUCGGCCUGGGGGCGACAUCGAUCCUGAUCCCGAGUAACUUCCCCAUCGGCUGCGUGUCGUCGUACCUGAGCAUGUUCCCCAGCAGCGACCCCACGGACUUCGACGGGGACCGGUGCCUCCGGUGGUUCAACGACUUCUCCACGCGCCACAACAAGGCGCUGCGCGGCGAGGUCGCCAGGCUCAAGGCACGCAACCCCGGCGCCAAGCUCAUCUACGCCGACUACUACGGCGCCGCCAUGGAGUUCGUCAAGAACCCGGGUAGGUUCGGGAUCGGCAACCCCCUGGUCGCGUGCUGCGGCGGCGGCGGCCCGUACCACACAGGCGCGGCGUGCGAAAGGACGGCCAAGGUCUGGGGCAACCCGAGCUACUUCGCCAACUGGGAUGGCGUGCACAUGACGGAGAUGGCGUACGAGGUCAUCGCCCAGGGAGUGUUCAACGGGGGCGUCUAUUCAUCACUCUCUGUGAUUGGAUUUCAUCCAAUCGCAGAGAGCCGACAGACGAGCACCCCCGCCCGCCCCCGCCGUCGAGCGCCUCCCUCGGCUCCGGCGGCCUCCGCUGCCUCCGCCGCCGCCUUCCACCACCGCCACGCUAACCAAUCUCGCUGCCGCACCGUCUAUCUAGCACCGCCGCCGCCUUCUCUCGCCCCCGCCGACGGCCACCACCCACCAGUUAUCCGACCCCGGCCGGCCGGCGGCGCUCCCACGCCGCCGCGCCCUCUACCGGCCGAACCGCCACUGGGCCGCCCUCCCCCCCCGGGGCCUUUCCUCUAG